GAGGGUUGUGUUCGGGGUGGGUGACGCCAAGGCGGUGGCGGCAGUGGCGGUGGUGGCGGCGGCCCCGUCGUAUCUUCUCGCUGUCCUCUCGCGCAGGUGAAUGGCUGCGGGAUGGAGAGCGAGGGGAGCGGCGGGAGCGGGGGCUCGGCCGGGCUCCUGCAGCAGAUCCUGAGCCUGAAGCUUGUGCCGCGGGUGGGCAACGGGACGCUGUGCCCCAACUCCACCUCCCUCUGCUCCUUUCCAGAAAUGUGGUAUGGUGUGUUCCUGUGGGCACUGGUAUCUUCUCUCUCCUUCCAUGUCCCUGCUGGAUUAUUGGCACUGUUCACUCUCAGGCAUCACAAAUAUGGUAGGUUCAUGUCUGUAAGCAUCCUGUUGAUGGGCAUCGUGGGACCAAUUACUGCUGGAAUCUUGACAAGUGCAGCCAUCGCUGGAGUUUACCGAGCAGCAGGCAAAGAAAUGAUCCCUUUUGAAGCCCUCACCUUAGGUGUUGGCCAGACAUUUUGUGUAGUGGUGGUUUCUUUUUUACGGAUUUUAGCAACUCUAUAGCAUCUGCUUACAGACUAUGAUAGAACAGACCAUGAAGAGAGGAUUUCAGAUUAUUUAUUAAGGAAGGGCAUAGCUAAAAGUGGUAAUUUAUUUAAAGUUUUUCAAAUGGAAGCAGCUUGAACAAGAGUAUAUGAAGGCCUGCUGGCUUGGUCCCUUCUUCAGUUUGAAGACAGAGCUCCAUGAGCCAAAGACCUUUUUGGUGACUUCCAAAUUUCAUAGGGUUCAUCAGCUUUCCUCUUUGAAGAAAUGUCAACUAUUUGAGCUCUUUUGUAAUUGUACACAAACCUGCACAGCAGUGCAUUUGGAUUGGUCAUCUGUUGUGCCAGUAUUCUCUAGGACCUAUAAGAAAAUGCAGCAUUGAGUGUUUUAGAAGAUCUGCACAAAAAUUACAAAGCAAAAUAUACUAUGCUCAGAGACUGGUGUCUGAGGGGAUUAGACUUUAUUGAAGUUAGCUUUUCCAACUUUUAUUUUGUUACAUUUUUGUGACAGUUAAGUGCCAAGUAGGUUUUUGUUUGAGGAUCCUAACUGAGAACAAAUGUGGUGAAAUAUUGUAGCAGGGAAAUCUAUGUAAAAUGUGACAAUGAGAAUAGCAUUGAUUUCACUGUUUAAAGGGAAAACAGUAACAACUACUGAAUAAUGAUAACACGUGAGUUCAAUAUUUUGACCUCUGACUAUUUAACACUUUGCAAUGAGCUAAUGAGAACUUCAAAGAUUUUUUUUAAUGUGAAAAUGCAGUUUUGUAUUAUCAAAAUACGCUCGCUAAUUCAGACAUUUUUUCUGAAUACCUGUCAUUAGCGCCUUCCUUCUCAUUCUGUUAGAUUUAUUUGAUUUUAUUGACAAGGUGCCCAGUAGAAAGUAACUUGGACUAAACAUUUUUUAGCUUGACUAAUUAGAAUGCACUUUAGCCAUUAGGGCAGAAAGAAGGGGAUUCUUCUCUGGGUCUGCUCUUAAGGCCCUCCUUAGGAGAUCGUGGCUUGUAGAGAGGUUCAGCUUCAAGUAACGUUGGUGCUUUUGAUUGUUUAAUCUUAAAUUGGAUCAGAGCUCUUUUAUUCCAGAAAGUGCCUAAAGUUAACUCUAGUUUAUUAUUCUUAAUUCUCUCCUUUCUCUCACAUUCUGCCCUUUAAAUUAAAUCAUAGAUUUCCCUCAAAAAAUUUUGUAUUUUACUAUGCCAGGAGUAAACCUCAGAAUUAUUUUAGCUAAGUUUUUGUCCUUUUAUUGCUGGUUCAUUAGAUAUAAAUUAGAGAUUUAUUUUCAUUCACUGUAGGCCUGAAAACUGUGACUUUAAAGGUGAGAGGAUUAAUCAUAGGAUUUAUAGAAUUGUUAUAACACAGAAUGCAGUCAAUUUUAGGCUCUUUUGAUCUGGUUCUGGAAUAGUUUAGAUUGCUUAUGGUAACUAAAUCUUGAUCCUUGAAUAAAAAAAUGUAAAGUUUAGGGUAUUAUUAUUACUAAAUAAUAAUCCACACAUGAUAAUAUGCAUUCUGUUUUAAAAGAUAUACUUUGCCUCUAAUUAAUAUGAACAGAUAACACUUAUCUAAUAAGAGAACUAUACAGAAAAAUCAUGAAGGAAUUACAUACCGAAUAAAAACUAAUUUAUUACUAACAGAACACUUAUCCAAAUCAUAAAUGCCCUAUGCUUGAGAGAAGUGAAAACACAGUGUUCUAAUCUGACAAUUUUAAAUUCCUCAACAUAAGUUAUAGCCAUUAUUAAAUUCUUGUGGUAGGCAGUGUUAUUCAGUAGGUAAAUUUUCCCACACUUCCCACAUAACUAUCCAGUACUUACUAUAUUUAUUGCACAGAGAGAAUGAUAAUUUGUCUUAGAGACUACUUAAACCUUUGUUUAGAUUCACUGAAGGAAAGUAAGGUAGCAAAUUUGAAUUUAAUUUAGGAAACCAUCCCACGUCUCUGAUAUACAGAUUUUAGGGGGCCUUCUGGAAGUCGUGUGAGUGCUUUUCUUCUCAUCCUGAUGGCAGAAGUUGCCAUGUAACAGGUGCCACUCAGGUGGUACCCUGCUAGACCCUACCUUGUGGAAUGUUUCAGUGGGUCUUGGGAUGGGCAGGAAUGGUGAAUAGUAACCAUUUUCUUAUACUUAUCUGGUAAAAGUUCCCAAGCUUCUGAAAUGUAUUUUGAUUCUUCUUUUCUCUUCUCUUAUAGUUAGUAUUUAUGUUGUAGUGUAAUGUGGAGUUUGUUUAUGUUUAAGUUUAAACCGAGCCGAAGUGCUGCCUUUAAGAUUUUGAAUCGGGAUUGAAUCCCAGGUUUUCUUCAGAUAAUCAAUCAACCACUAGUUUGGGCUUUACAAGAUGAGGGGGCUAUAGACAUUAAGCCAGUACUACUUUGUGUUGAACAGACUCCACCUACAUUACUCUCAAAAUCAUUUUGUCCUAAGAUUUCUUUCUUACUGCCCUGCUUAUCGCUGGCACCCUCAAAAUAAAAAUCAUUUCUACCAUGAUAAAGAUGAUAGUGGCAUAAAAAAUAAUAUUUUAAAGUUAUUCUCACACUAAUACUUUAGUGGAUCUGUGAAGUCAAAGAUUUGGGUGUUCCAUCCAGUGAUGCAGAUUGCAGCCCAUCCAUGCCGUCUUAUCCUAUGGGACUCUUGACCUCGACUUCUCAUAAAUCCUCCCACAGGAUGUUGACCCAGUGUGCUUGGGGCCUUCAUUUAGAUAACAAUCUUUAGUAUUUUCUCUCAAGGAGCUUUUUGGUUGAGUAUAUUAGUCCAUUUCAGGAAACUGCUACUUGCAAAAAUACUCAUAAUUGGAAAUUUCAGGUUGAAAAAUUUUAGGUAUGUUGCAGCACAAUAUUGGACUCAUUUAGCAGGGUUGUAAGAAAUUAUUUUGAUUCUGUUGUUUCAUAGGAUAUAUCCAUGACAGUUGUUAUAUCCAAAGGGAUAUGUAUGUAUAUAUGUAUACAUAUGUAUAUCUCUCUUGCUAUAUAUAAUUACUGUUAUGGUUCUGAGGUUCAGUUAUGUUAGAGCCAAAGCACAAAGAAUAAGGCAUCUGGAAAGGCCUCCUAGUUUCCAUCUGCUUUCUCAUCUUUUUUUGGUUCAGCUGCUCUUUUAUAAGCAUAUUGCAUAUGUAUCCUCAGAUUACUGGAUAUUCAGUGUUUAUGUGGUCAGUCCCAAUAUGUGAUAUGCUCUUUUGAAUGGUUUAUGAAUGCUGUACAUAGAUUUUAUGUGAAAUGUGUGUAGCUUGAAUUAAGUUUUCAGGGAGCAGUUAUUUAUGUAAAGAUAAACAAUGGAACAUCUGUCUUUUAUUCUGCUAUCAGAUAUGCAGUUAUUUAGGUAGAAAAGAAACUGAUGCUUGGUUUGAACAACACUUUCAUAUAUAAUCAUGAUUUUUGGAACGGUUUAUUCCCCACCCCCCCAAAAAAAACCCUGAAUUUCCUAAGGACAGAUCUAAGGACAGAUGAUAAUUCCCUGUUUAAUUCUACAUCAAGAAGCUGAUAAAACCAAUGUUGUGCCUCUUCCUUCGUUUUUUUUUUCCUUAUAAACCACCAAAGCUGAUUUUUCAGGUCUUUAUUGUGGUACUUUGUAAUGGAAAACAAGCUUUCAUGGAAAUGUUUCUAAAUGUGCAAAAAUGAAUUCCAGAGUAAAGGAGAUCAUGGGGUCAAAAUACAUCAUUAUUCCAGCAUCAUAAGCACAGCCUUCUUUUUUUUUUUUAAGCAACAAAAACCUAACCUUUUAUGAAAUGUGGAACCAGUGAAAGAGGUUUUGUUCGUGCGCAGAAUUACCUUCUAAAUUUUCCUCUUUUAUGUUUAAAUUUAUUCAGCUGCCAAGCUUUUAAAAACUUUUGAGUCCAACUUUAUUUCCUAAUUGCUGUGGUUUAAGUUAUAGUCUUGUUAUGUUAUAAAGCCUAAUUAAAAAAAAAACACCAAGGAACAGUUUUGUUGAAUGUAAAGCACUGGUGCCAUUGACUGUCCACAUUCAGAAGGCUUUUCACCCUUGUGCACACACCGUAUAUGCUGGUUGUAACUCAAAUCAGCUUAAUCUUUUGUAUUAAGAUUAUUUCACCAACUGCUACAGUCAAUAAGAUCAAAUCUUUGUAUGAGAGAAAACAACUGAAAUUUUAUUUUUUUACUGACAUUUCUAAUGCUGGUGUCAAUGUUUACCAAUAAAAAUUAAUUACAUUAUUUCUGGCUAGAGCUUUAUUUCUUUGAGAAUGACUGUAUUGUUUAAUGACCAGAA